AUGUUGCGCGAGCGGGGGUAUCGCGUCUCCGGGUCGGACAGCCACGUCUAUCCUCCGAUGAGUACCCUGCUCGCAGAUUUGGGGAUCGACGUGCAGGCCGGCUUCUCGGCGGAUCACUUAGUGCCAGCACCGGAUUUGGUCGUAAUUGGCAACGCAGUCUCGCGUGGUAACCCAGAGGCCGAGGCCGUACUCUCGCGUCGGAUCCCGUACCUGUCGCUACCGGAAGUGCUGCGCGAUUUCUUCAUCCGCGGCAAAUGCUCGGUGGUAGUAACCGGAACCCACGGCAAAACCACCACUACCGCGCUCAUCGCCCACCUCUUCACCGCCGGUGACCUGGAUCCUUCCUUUCUCGUUGCCGGGGUGCCGCAAAACUUCGACCGCUCCUAUCGGCUCGGCCAAGGCCCGCACUUCAUCGUCGAAGGCGACGAAUACGACAGUGCCUUCUUUGCCAAGUGGGCGAAAUUCUACUACUACUUGCCCGAUGUACUAAUCGUCAACAACAUCGAAUUCGACCACGCCGACAUUUACCAAGACCUUGGCGAAAUCGUCAAAGCCUUCCGCCAACUCGUCAACAUGGUGCCGCAAAACGGCCUGAUUCUAGCCAACGGCACCGACCCCAAUAUCGCCGAACUGCUUCCCGACGCGCUAGCACCCGUAGAGACCUUUGGCCUCGAAGAAGGCGCAUUUUGGCGCGCCACCAACCUCCAGGCCCGUGCCGAGGGCACGCGCUUCACCUUGUGUCGGGCAGGGCAAGCGGUGGGGGAUUUCGACCUGCCGCUGAGCGGCGACUACAACGUCUGCAAUGCUCUCGCCAGCUUGGCCGCUGGUUUCCGCGCUGGCCUGACGGCCGGUGACCUGCACGCGGCCUUGACCAGCUUUGCCGGCGUCAAGCGCCGACAAGAGCAGCUUGGCCUCAUCGACGACAUUCUCCUCAUCGACGACUUCGCCCAUCAUCCCACUGCGGUCGCCUCCACCCUAGCAGGGUUGCGUCGGUCCCAUCCCGGACGCAGGCUCCUCGCGGUUUUUGAGCCGGCCAGCGCAACCAACGCCCGCGCCCUCUUUGAGGAUCGCUAUAUCGAGGCAUUCGCCUUGGCCGACGCCUUCGUCGCAACCGCGGUCCCCCGCCCCGAACGCGCCCGAGACGACGAGCCGUUCUCGCCCGAGCGCUUAGUGGAGCGUCUCCGCGCCACCGGCAAGCCGGCGCGCUACCUGCCCGACGCCGAAUCGAUGGCCGCUUUUUUGGCUGCGGAAGCCCGCCCGGGCGAUUUGGUGGUUUUUAUGAGCAAUGGCGGUUUCGGCGGCCUGCAACAGAAGCUGUGCGCGGCACUCGCCGCCCGAACCAACUGUAGCGACUAG